UUUAACACACAAAAGAUAAACUUCCAAACAAGACAGUGCCAAUAAGAGAAAAACUCCAAACAUUCCAUUCUAUUUUCAUUCUAGAAAAAUGAAUGUAUAUAUUCAUCAGUUUCUUCUCUUUCAUAUCAAUCACACUACUUCUUCCAUGCCCUCCAUGAUCUCUCUUCUCCUUGGCUUUGUUGUCUCUUCCUUCCUCUUCAUCUUCUUAUUCAAGAAACUACUGUCCAGACACAACAUGUCUGAAGUUUCUAGGCUCCCCUCUGUCCCAGUGGUGCCAGGGCUUCCGUUGAUUGGGAACUUGCUGCAACUAAAAGAGAAGAAACCACACAAGACUUUCACUAGAUGGUCUGAGCUUUAUGGUCCUAUUUACUCUAUCAAGAUGGGCUCUUCCUCCCUUGUUGUCCUUAAUUCAACCGAAACCGCCAAAGAGGCGAUGGUGACUAGGUUUCCAUCAAUCUCAACAAGAAAGCUAUCAAACGCCUUAACAGUCCUCACUUGCAACAAAUCUAUGGUUGCUACAAGUGAUUAUGAUGACUUCCAUAAAUUAGUGAAACGCUGCAUCUUAAAUGGCCUAUUAGGUGCAAAUGCACAGAAACGAAAGAGGCACUACAGAGAUGCUCUCAUUGAAAACGUGACUUCCAAGCUCCACGCACACACGAGAGACCACCCACAAGAGCCUGUAAACUUCAGAGCUAUCUUCGAACAUGAGCUUUUUGGAGUAGCCUUGAAGCAAGCUUUUGGGAAAGAUGUUGAAUCCAUUCACGUGGAUGAACUCGGUGAGACUUUGUCUAGAGAAGAGAUCUUCAAAGUUUUGGUACACGACAUGAUGGAAGGUGCAAUUGAUGUUGAUUGGAGAGACUUUUUCCCAUACUUGAAAUGGAUUCCUAACAAUAGUUUUGAAGCAAGAAUCCAGCAGAAGCAUAAACGCAGACUCGCCGUAAUGAACGCUCUCAUUCAAGAUAGAUUAAAGCAGAAUGAUUCAGACAUCUCUAAAACUUUCAAACAGGACGAUGAUUGCUAUCUCAACUAUUUGAUGUCUGAAGGGAAGACGCUAACAAAGGAGCAGAUUGCAAUCUUGGUUUGGGAGACGAUUAUCGAAACGGCCGACACUACUCUGGUCACAACCGAAUGGGCUAUCUACGAACUUGCAAAGCAUCAGAGUGUUCAAGAUCGUCUGUGUGAAGAAAUCAAAAGCGUCUGUGGAGGAGAAAAGAUCAGUGAAGAGAAGCUGCCUCUGCUUCCUUAUGUCAAUGCAAUCUUCCAUGAAACGCUUAGGAAGUACAGUCCUGCUCCUCUAGUUCCCAUUCGCUAUGCUCAUGAAGAUACCGAGAUAGGAGGCUAUUAUAUCCCUGCGGGAAGUGAGAUAGCAAUAAAUAUCUAUGGAUGCAACAUGGAUAAGAAGCGUUGGGGGAGGGCAGAGGAGUGGUGGCCUGAGAGGUUCUUGGAUGACAGAUACGAGUUGUCUGAUCUUCACAAGACGAUGGCGUUUGGAGCGGGGAAGAGGGUUUGCGCUGGUGCACUUCAAGCGUCUCUCAUGGCAGGGAUUGCUAUUGGGAGAUUAGUUCAAGAGUUUGAAUGGAAGCUUAGAGAUGGUGAAGAAGAGAAUGUUGAUACCUAUGGUUUGACCUCUCAGAAGCUAUAUCCUCUCAUGGCUAUUAUCAAUCCAAGGUCUUCCUCUUCUUAAGCUGAGACAUCUUCCUUUGAGUUUUUUUUUUUUAGUUUUGAGUUCUGUCUGAAUAUUAUGCAAUCCUAUGUUUGGUUCGGUUGUUUGUUAUAUUCAAGUUUAAACGUUUUCUAGAA